CCUGAGCGGGCGAGAAAAGCCGCCAGAACCCGUCGGUGCGGCGGGCUGCGCGCUGCUCCCUCCGCUCGCCCCCGCUCCCUCCCGACCCGCUGGGCCAGUUCUGCCGCCUCCUCCUCUAGACAUGACCCAGGACUACGACAACAGUAGCAGAAUGCUCAGAGCAGACGCAGUUUCUCAAUGCACUACAUCAUCAAGGAAAUAACCAAGUAAAAGACCCGUGCUGGUUCUUCAGAAUGACUCUCUCUACUCCCAGAGACGUCCGUACACCAGCGAAGAUGAAGCCUGGAAAUCCUUUCUUGAAAAUCCCCUUACGGCAGCUACCAAAGCUAUGAUGAGCAUCAACGGCGACGAGGACAGCGCGGCUGCCCUCGGACUGCUGUACGAUUACUACAAGGUGCCAAGGGAGAGGAGAUCUUCAACAGCUAAACCAGAGGUAGAACAUCCUGACCAAGAUCAUAGCAAAAGGAACAACAUCCCGAACGUGACGGAGCAAUCGCUUAUUUCCGCCGGGGAAAACAGAGUCCAGGUCCUGAAGAAUGUGCCGUUCAACAUCGUCCUCCCGCACACGCCCCAGAUGGGCAUGGACAAGAGGGGCCACCUCACCACCCCUGACACCACUGUCACCGUCUCCAUCGCCACCAUGCCCACCCACUCCAUCAAAACGGAGACCCAGCCCCAUGGCUUCGCCGUGGGCAUCCCUCCGAGCGUCUACCACCCCGAGCCCCCCGAGCGGGUGGUGGUCUUUGACAGGAACCUCAACCCUGACCAGUUCAGCUCCAACACCCAGCCGCAGAACUCCCAGAGACGGACGCCGGACUCAACCUUCUCUGAGACCUUCAAGGAAGGCGUGCAAGAGGUUUUCUUCCCUGCUGAACUGAACCUCCGGAUGACCAACAUGAAUUCAGAAGAUUAUGUUUUUGACAGUAUUUCUGGGAACAACUUUGAGUACACCCUGGAGGCCUCCAAGUCUCUGCGACAGAAGCCGGGGGACAGCACGAUGACUUACCUGAACAAAGGCCAGUUCUACCCCAUCACACUGAAAGAAGUGAGCAGCAGCGAAGGAAUCCAUCACCCCAUCAGCAAAGUGCGAAGCGUCAUCAUGGUGGUGUUUGCUGAAGACAAAACAAGAGAAGAUCAGCUCAGGCACUGGAAAUACUGGCACUCGAGACAGCACACAGCCAAACAAAGAUGCAUUGACAUAGCUGACUACAAGGAGAGCUUCAACACCAUCAGCAACAUCGAGGAGAUCGCCUACAACGCCAUUUCCUUCACCUGGGACAUCAACGAGGAGGCCAAGGUUUUCAUUUCUGUGAACUGCCUCAGCACGGAUUUCUCCUCGCAGAAGGGGGUGAAAGGCCUGCCCCUGAACCUGCAGAUCGACACCUACAGCUACAACAACAGGAGUAACAAGCCCGUGCACCGAGCCUACUGCCAGAUUAAAGUCUUCUGCGACAAGGGGGCAGAAAGGAAGAUCAGGGAUGAAGAGCGAAAACAAAGCAAAAGAAAAGGCAAGUGCACUGACCCCAGCUCUCAGUUGAAUGCCUUUUCCGAUGUCAAAGUGCCCAUGCUUCCCUCGCACAAGCGCACGGACAUCACCAUCUUCAAGCCCUUCAUGGACCUGGACACGCAGCCCGUCCUCUUCAUUCCCGACGUUCACUUUGCGAACCUGCAGCGCGGGGCUCACGUCCUUCCUGUUGCUUCGGAAGAGCUGGAGGGUGAAAGCUCCAACCUGAAGAGAGGAGCUUAUAUUGGCGAAGAGGACUUCAUCGCCAGUCCUAAUAAGAUGGCCAGAAUAGAAGAACCAAAAAGAGUGUUGCUGUAUGUCCGGAAAGAGUCAGAAGAAGUCUUUGAUGCACUUAUGCUAAAGACCCCGUCUCUGAAAGGCCUGAUGGAAGCUAUAUCUGACAAGUACGAUGUUCCUUUUGACAAAAUAGGAAAGAUCUUCAAAAAGUGUAAAAAAGGGAUUCUGGUCAACAUGGACGACAACAUCGUGAAACACUACUCUAACGAAGACACCUUCCAGUUGCAGAUUGAAGAGGUCGGGGGAUCUUACAAGCUCACUCUCACCGAGAUCUAAGAUCGCUGAGCCUCUGGAUUUUAACCAAAGGUCUCGAGUGAACAUUUUCCCAGAAUUUGGCGUGUUGGGUAAAACACUAAUCACCUUCUCCAGGAGCCAGCCAGCUGCCGGCUCGUUCUGGGGAUCACAGUGGUUUUGCCUAACACCUUUGUGUCUCUGCUCUUCCCAGAGAAGGUGGGAACGCUCAUGGCCUUAUUUGCACUUGAAAUGAGCGAGCAGAGACCAGCAAUUAAAUAGAGAGCAUGUAUAAAACACUAGUAACUACGGGAGGGGAAAAAAAACCCUUGGAAGGUGGCCUUGUAGAGCGGUGAUCCCUUAUUUAUCUCUUCAGUACCCACGUGGGAGCCUGUUCUCAGCUACUAGCCUUGUGUCGGCCUGUUUUCUGCUAGGUAGGGCUGCGAAACCGCUCCGUGACACCCGGAGGACUUGGGGCAGGUCGGAGAGAAGCCUUCGUGAUGUUUACUCCUUAACAGGGCAGGUCGUUGGGGUCAUUUUUUUUUUGUUUUUUUUUUUUUUUUGUUUGUUUGUUUUUUUGGAGGGGGGGGGAAGAACGUAAAAACUGCCUUGCUUAUGAAGAACUCGCCUUAGUAACUGUGUGAACUCUCGUCAGAUGAAGCUAUAUUGUAUAUAAGUGCAAUAUAUUUUUGAAGGUUUGUAAAUUUGUGUACAUAGGAGUGAUAUAUAUAAUAUAUAUAAACCCUGCUCCUCGCCUACGUGCCGCCAAUCUCUGCGACGAAGCCCAGCGAGAAGGAAGCCGCGUGCAGGGGACGCAGAUAUUGAACGGGGCUGUUUAAACCCGGACAAACCCUCACCCUCAGCCCCAGGGGAGCGUGUUUGGAUGUUGGCGGAGCGCCCCGAGGGAGCUGGGGGCUGAGCAUUAAUGGGGUGCAUCCUAUGGGGCAGCUGGUAGCAGGGAGUGCCAGAAACCUCCCCAAAGUGCCAUUGUGCCACAUGUGUGCUUCUGAAGGAAGGGAAAGGCGCCCUCUGAUCAGCAGUGAGUGAGGGACGCACAGGGGAGCGGCAGCACCGGGCUCUAGGGCAAAAACCCGCGUUAUGGGGUGCCAAGUGAGCAGGGAAGGGCGAGCGCUGGGUCCUUGCCCCUCUGGUUUUCCUAGCAAGCGGGAUUUACGAUGGGUUUGUCAUGUUUUUGGGCUGGGAAGGGCUGCAUGUGCUUCGCCUAGGGCACAGAGGUUGCUCUGGCUAGGAAAUCUGGCUGGGAUAUAGGGCUGCGAGACUGACACGGGUAGGGUUUGCUGCUUGGGGCAGGAGCAGAGCCUGUAGGAAACAGGAGAGCCGCCUUUUGCUCCACUUGGCACAGGGAAAGCCCCAGCUGGAGCCUCGGGCCAACAGAGCGCCAGGGAGUGGGCUUAAAUCGCAGAAAUUCAGGUUUACACACUCAGAAGGUUUUUUUUUUAUAUAUAUGUAUUUUAUUGUUAUUAUUUUAUGACUUAAGACAUGAGUGUUUUGGGGGUUGUGUUUGGGAUCCCAAGCUGGGUCCUACACCGGGUGCCGUCUGCUCUCCUCUGCGCGGGUUGACGGCCACCACGUCCAGCACAAGGAUGGAUCCCGGGGGUCUGUGGGCCACAGGAGAGCAGCACGGUACUGUGGCCCUACAGAUGAUGGCCAUGGCCCUAUAGAGAACCACUGUGACCCCACAGAGAGCUCCUGCAGUGAUCCCACAGAGCACUCGGCCUGGCACCGGACCUGCCCCUUGGGCUUCCCUUCACCUUCCGGGGAAUGGAGUUAUUAUGGCAAGGGAACUUUUUUAAAGCUGAUCUAUAGAUACAGAAUAUAUAUAUUUACAGGUUUUUAUCAAAAAUGGAAGUUUUAGGGCCGAACCUCAGUAGCUGUGGCUGUGUAGAGGUAGGGUGUGGGGUUCACGGCUGCGAGCCCCAGCUUGAUGCUUGUUUUCCACUGGGCCGUGGGUCUUGGAGCUGUAGCAGCGCUGCGGGGUGUGCGUUUCGCGGUCCCUCUGCUGUUUUGUAACUCGCCGUGUAUUUCCCACCGCCCUAUUAAAUUUUAUAUGGUCCUUUCUAA